CACAUAGUCGUGGUACUUGACAGCUCCACAACAUUGCGCUCUCCGCCGGAGCGACUGUCACCUGAGGCUGCAACUUUUUGGAGUAGUUCGUAUCUGGAUGAGACCCGGAGGAGAAAUGGCCUCUCAGGAGACUUUUAACGACUUGGAGUGUAAUUCAUCCGAGGAGGACAGCAGCCGCGCGGCCUCGGUGGAAGGGACGCGAGAGGAGAAGACGUCUCCGGCGGUGCGUCGGCAUCAUCCGUUCAGCGUGGAGGCGCUCAUGGCCGGGAGGACGACGCACGGCCGCGGCGGUAAACCGGAGGGAGGCUCGGUGGCGGUGUCCCCCGCAGCGUUACACUCUCUGUACCUGUGCCGGGAGCCGUGCAGUCCCCCCGAGGGACACCGAAAGAGCUUAACCGCGGCGCCCUCGUCGCCGGUGAAGUCCGAGGCGUCGGAGUCCGAGGACUGCGCGCCCUGGGUCACCAGCAGCGCGUUUUCCACACAGCCGCGUCACAUCAGUCCUUCCUGUCCGUUGAGGAAACACAAGAACAACCGAAAGCCCCGCACUCCGUUCACCACAUCGCAGCUCCUGGCCCUGGAGAGGAAGUUCAGGCAGAAGCAGUACCUGUCCAUCGCCGAACGCGCCGAGUUCUCCAACUCUUUGACCCUGACGGAGACCCAGGUGAAGAUCUGGUUCCAAAACCGCCGCGCGAAAGCCAAGAGGCUCCAGGAGGCCGAGCUGGAAAAGCUCAAGAUGGCCGCCGACGCCAAGACGGCUGCGGUGGCGGCCGCCGCUGCUGGAGGUUUGCACCCUGGCUUUACGUUACCGUUAACCCUGGGCGCCAUGUCACUGUACGGACAGUCAUACUCUGCCUAUCACCAUCACCACCACCAUCACAGACCCAUGCUGCCAAUUUCACCUUUAGGACUGUACGCCACUCCGUUGGGCUACAGCAUGUACCACCUAUCAUAAAAAUGGAACUAUCUCCGACUGUGGGGAAAUGUGUUUCAGGGCAUUUCCAAGGAUUCCCUAAAAAUGGACACAGAGGACAUUUGAAAAAAACUGUUUGUAUUAUAUCUACUGCACAAGGAGUGCGUCAAUCAACUUUACGAGCACUUUGACUCAAAUUAGAAAAUCUCUUUCUUAAAUCAAGGACUGAAAAAGUGUCUUCUUGCCUCUUUGGAUUGUCUGUUUACAUGACCUGUCCGUAGAAGGAGCAGGGGUGUCACUGUCCAGCUGUUCAUCCGUUUCACUUGUUUACUUCUGCAGUAAGUGAGCUGGGUGAGCACUUGCACCGGGCACAAUAACAGAGACUUCAACUAUUCACCAAAAGCCUUUUUUAUAAACUCAUCAGACUCAGUGCCUUGUUUUGAAAAGAGCCUUAAUAUCAAGACACUUUGUUUCGUUCGUGGGUGAAUGAGUGUUUCAGCAACUCAGGCCAAAAUAAAACAUAUCACUGAAACAUUCUUUUAUAUUUCCAGUUCUACAAACAUGUCUGCUGCCUUGAAAAGAAAAAUGGUCAAAUUCAGGUUUGUGGUGUCGUCAAGGCAACAAGGUACAACCCUCGCUUUACAACUUAUUCUCUCAUAUAGCAAUAAAAACAUCUUCAACUCUACUCAUUCCUUUAUAAAGCACAGACAUAUUUAUUCUCUUUGAAAUACAGUGCUGGAAAAAUGCAUGUAUGCCUAAUGUUGUGUAUUUAUAAUGUAAUAUGGUACAGAGACCAAAAGUGUAUUUAUAUUGUUCUUCCUCCUGAGCGUCCCUUUGAAAGGGCCUACGUCGUGCUAUGCAGUUUUUGUUUUCACACCAAUGUCUUAUGAUUGAAAUGAACAAAAACAAUUAAAGCUUUUCAGACUGUUUCCUUUAAA